AUGGCCGACGAUUACUACGUGCAGAACAAUUCGAACAGCGAUGACUCAGAGAUAGAACUCAACCUGAGCAGCCCGGAGUUGAAGGGAUAUCUGAGCAAGUGGACAAACUACAUACACGGUUGGCAGCCGCGCUUCAUCGUGCUGAAGGAUGGCACACUAUCGUACUAUAAAAGCGAACAGGACAGCGAUUUCGGAUGCCGGGGAGCAAUCAGUCUGCAGAAGGCAACGAUAAAGUCGCACGAAUUCGACGAAUGCCGGUUCGAUGUGGCGAUCGGACAGAACGUGUGGUACCUGCGUGCCGAAACGCCCGAGGACAAACGGAACUGGAUCGAGGUGCUGCAGUCGUACAAAACGGACAUCCCAGAAACGGUUAGCUUGCGCCGGCAUGGGAGCACCAUUUCACUCCAGUCCACCACGCUAUCGACGGCGAGCGGUAGCAGCCUGAAGCGGGUCAGUCGGGGAUUGCGAGAAAAACUGCACGAAAUAGAAACGUUUCGCGAUAUACUAUACGGACAAAUCGACACGCUCCAGCGCUAUUUCGACGCACUACACGCCAGAAACGAAGACCAACCGCCGCUGGAUCUGGGCGACGGGUUGAAUCCGAUCGACUUUAAAGGGGAAGCGAUAACGUUCCGUGAAACGACGGCCGGUGUUAUCAUCACACUGCAACACUGCCUGGAUAUCAUCUCACAAAAAGAGGAAAGUUUCAAGAAAAAGCUCGAUCAGGAGCAGGAAAGGCGAAGAAAAGCGGAAGAGCUGUACAGAAUUUGUAAAGAUGAGCUGGCAAAGAACCGGAACUCUGUAAUCCCUGGGCCUGAUUUGGAGGAAGGGCCCCACUCAACCAUCCCGGAGGAUGAAUUCUUCGAUGCCGUCGAAACGGGCCUGGAUAAGAUCGAGGAAGAUCGCCAGCUACGGGUUAGGCUGAAAUAUCAAUCGCAGCUGUCGCAAAUAAGCAAUGCUGGUUCCGUGCACAGCCCCAAUCCGGAGGCGGAGGAUGAAAUUCCACAGCUGGCGGAAGAUUUCGGUACCGGUGCGCAAGCCAAGAGCCACAAGCUGUGGCCAGAGAUUGACCGGAUCUGCACCGAGCAGUUGACGCAGGCACGUCAGGGCGUCGGUGAGGACGGUAACGGUUGGCAGCUGUUCGCCGACGAGGGCGAAAUGAAGAUGUACCGGCGCGAGGAAGAGGUGGACGGGAUGGUGAUCGAUCCGCUCAAAUCCUGCCACGUGGUGAAGGGCGUCACGGCCCGCGAAAUGUGCCAUUAUUUCUUCGAUCCGGCCUACCGGAACGAUUGGGAGACGACGCUCGAGGACGUGCAGAUCGUGGACAACGUCGCACCGGACACGCUGGUCUUUCUGCAGACGUACAAACGCAUUUGGCCCGCCAGCCAGCGGGAUGCGCUGUUCUGGUCGCACAUGCGCCGGAUCACCGACAACGUGGACACGGGCGCCAACGACGUGUGGGUCGUGUGCAAUCAUUCCAAUCAGAACGAAGAGUAUCCGCCCGCUAACCAAGGCAAAUGUGUACGAAUCUAUCUGACGGUGAUAUUAGUUUGCCAGACCUACCUGACUCCGGGCAAGGACAGCAAAACCGCAACCCGAGACGAUCUGACCUGUAAAAUUACCUACUGCUCCACUGUUAAUCCCGGCGGUUGGGCUCCUGCAACCGUGCUACGCGCUAUCUAUAAGAAAGAAUAUCCAAAGUUCCUUAAGCGUUUCACCGGCUACGUUGUUGAUCAAUGUAAAGCAAAACCGAUCAUGUAUUAGAAACGUCGGAGGUUAGGCUUUUGAUUUAUUUUGUUUUAGCUGUAAGCGAUCUAGAUGUUGUUAUAUAUGUAUACAAAAAAAACAUAAACGCGCAUGCAUUAUAUUUUUACCCCCUUCUACCCGUAUGGUAUGUUGAACCGUACAGCUUUACAAGGAUUCGAAAAGGGAAGGAGGCAGAGAGAGAGGGAGAGAUAAAUUGUAUAUUUAAGCAAUGCGAAUUGCCUCUGGAACGUAUGAAUGAAGGAGUUAGUCCUAUUAGCAAACCUGUCGAACAUAUCUACGAGCGAGUCGUUAGGUGCGGCAACGAAUAAAACGUAUGCGCGCGUGUUUUAGAGUGGGUAGUGAAGCAUAGCCACCACCAAAGGUGUUUAUUUGUGCGAGUGAAAACCACAACGUGUGGGAGAAUAUAUAGCCGGAUUUUUGUUUCGUUAUCAAAAAAGAAUUUGUAUAGGAACUGGCUUUCAUGAGGUUCGUUAUAUCGUGGCUGCUUCUCGGGCGUGGUAGCAGAGACAGAUAAAAUAGGCAGACGCAGCUGGAUAGGGCAAUCGGAAGGGACACCGGGCAUCGGAACCGGACGAGCGCAGGAGCCAGGUCUUCGCGAUGUUUUUUCACAGUGAAACAUUUCAAUCGAACGAAUGAGCUGAAAACGUUGGUGGGCUGAUGGUGGUUGAAAUAUUUCAUACUUCCUGCUAACAAAUCAAAAUCCAUUGAGGUGUCGUCUACUCCUCUGAAAGCGCGGUAGAUCUUCCUUCCAGUGAGCGAAACAGGUGUGCUAAGGGAAAUAGGUUCAUAAAAUAAACAGCAUAUAAAGAUCUGGUUUA